AUGCGAAGGGUGAUUGUUGUUGAUGGAACUUUUCUGAAAAAUAAAUACAAAGGAGUUCUACUUGUUGCUACUGUUGUAGAUGAUAGAAAUGCGUCUAUUUCUAAAGCGAUUGGGACUGUAUACCCUCAAUCAGCACAUGGAAUUUGCAUUCAUCACUUGUUGACCAAUGUGGUUGCAUUUUUUAAGACAAAAGGGUUGACUGCCUUGGUGGAAAAGGUUUCACGGGCAUAUAGGUAUGACAUUAGGACCACGAACCCUGCAGAGUCGAUAAAUUCAGUUCUUAGAAUACCUAGAGAAUAUCCGGUUAUUCCUUUGCUUGAUAGUAUAAGAGAACUGUUGACUCGAUGGUUCUAUGAGUGUUGCUUGUUAAGCUCAAAGCAUCUUGAUCCUUUAAUCGCUAAGGUUGAGAGAAAGAUUGAUAGGAAAAUUGUGAAAGCAAAAGGAUUCCAGGUUUAUAAGGUUGACAACUUCAGAUCGCUUGUGAAAGGAGACAUAUAUGAUUGUCAUGUUGAUUUGGAAAAAAGAACAUGCACAUGUGGGAAGUAUGAUAUAGGAAAAAUUCCUUGCCAACACGUCAUUUCUGCAAUUUAUUCACGAGGUAUAGAAGUGCACAGAUUUACUGACUCCUUAUACACCACUACAGCGUGGAGAACCGCCUAUGCAGAAUGCAUUAAUCUAAUAGCAGUUGUAGAGUAUGAAUGGAAUGUCCCAGCUGAUGUUAAACUUGCAAAGGUUUUACCACAUAAGACGAGAAAGAGUGUUGGUCGACCAAUAAAGAGAAGUUAUGAAUCAGUAGAAGACAAGAUUAAAAUCUUCUCAAGGAUCAAGAAAGAAUAA